AACUUAAAAAAUGUCAAUUUCUUUACAGCCAAAUAUUAUAGUUGUUUUAAUUCUACUAGUUUUGUAAAUAAAUAUCAACACUCAAGAUGGUUUGGAAGCAAUCUCUUCUCGGCUGCUUUGGAAACAUGGGCCUAUGUGUCCUCGCAUGCUGUGCCUGCCCACUCGCUAUUGGUAAAAACGCCGAAGCGGUCGGUGAACCGAACUCAGUCCUGUGGGUGAUUUCUGUCUCAUAUGCGCCCUGUAUUGCCGGAGCCCUUCUCAGAGGACUGAUCAGGAAAAAGAAGGGCAUUGAAGGGUCGUUCUGGGUGGAUUGCCUGCUAUGGUGUUGCGUCCCAUGCCUUGCAAUUGUACAAGAAUCCGUUGAAACUGGUAGCAUGGACUACCUGCAACAACCAGAGAUGCAAGCCAUGCAAAGAGAAGUCACAAAUACAUAAACUGACCUAAAAAAACUCGGCUGCUGAAUUGAAGAAGCCAUUAUGUAUACCCGAACUUAUAACCCAUAUUGUGCAAAAUCCAUCGCCUUGAAAACUGAUUGCAAAUGAGCUUUGGUUCAAAAGUUGUCCUUGUAUAUUAACAUAUUGUUACUUGCUACCGCGUGUGCCUUACACCAGUUGAAAAUCUCCUACUAGCUUUUUGCUUUAAUAACAGAGUUAUAUAUUUUUAUCAGCGCUUUUAGCUUUAUUUUCACCUUACCGGAAAAUGCACAAUCUACACAACUGGACAUAAUACACUGCAACUACAUUAACAAUAUGUGUAUUUACUAAAUUCACCAAUGUUUCGAAAUAAAACACCGGUACCAACUUGA